UGAUUAAAUAAAAUAUUUGUUAAUAAUGUUUGAGCUUUAAAUAGUGACAAUCGUUUUAAUAAAAAAUGGGUUUAACAACAAAUAUAAAAUAUUUAAAAAUGAUUACAAUUCUUUUUACUUAACCUAUUUAGGUGUGUCACCUAAAAAAGGCUGAAAAGCCGUGUUUUGUUGUAUAUUGGAGAUGGGAAAAAGGCAUUAAAAGUGGCAACCGACGUGAGAAUGCCCGAACAAAGCAACGACUACCGCGUGGUGGUGUUUGGAGCUGGCGGUGUCGGAAAAUCAUCCCUUGUGUUAAGAUUCGUCAAGGGAACUUUCCGAGAAAGUUAUAUACCAACAAUUGAAGAUACCUAUCGUCAGGUAAUCAGUUGCAAUAAGAACAUAUGUACGCUCCAAAUCACCGAUACCACCGGGUCGCAUCAAUUUCCCGCCAUGCAGAGACUGUCAAUAUCAAAGGGUCAUGCAUUUAUUCUUGUGUAUAGCGUUUCCAGUAGGCAAUCUUUGGAAGAACUACGACCGAUUUGGGAGACAAUAAAAGAACUUAAAGGGACUGAACUUUCACAAAUUCCUGUAAUGCUUGUUGGGAACAAAUGUGACGAGAGCGCAGAGCUGAGAGAGGUAACAACGUCAGAAGGACAAGCCGAAGCGGCAGCUUGGGGUGUAAGUUUUAUGGAAACAUCAGCUAAAACAAAUCACAAUGUAAAACAAUUGUUUCAAGAAUUGCUAAAUUUAGAAAAAUCUAGGUCGGUCAGCUUACAAGUAGGCGGAAAAUCUCAACGAAAAGUUGGUGCAAAAGACAAAUGUCAUCUAAUGUAAAAGAUUUCGUUCUUAAACAAUACAAAAUUUUAUUUGAAAUUAUGCUUAACAAAAUAUUAAAAAAUUUUAAAUAUUAUGCAUUCCUUAAAUUUUCGCUCAUUUUUUUGGUGCAAUAUUAAUAUCAUUCGCAUAGAAAAUAAAUUAGGUAAUAUUGACAAACGUUGAUUGGAGAAACAAACUAGAAAUUUUAACGCGACUUUAGCUAAAUCAUCAUUU